AUGGCGGAGUAUGAAGCAUGCAUCUUGGGAAUUAAAACAACUAUUGAUCUACGAAUCAAGAUUCUAGAGGUGUAUGGAGACUUAGAACUCGUCAUCUAUCAAAUUAAAGGAGAUUGGGAUACCCGUCAUCCCAAUUUGAUUCUGUACCGAGAGCAUGUCAUGAAGAUAAUCCCCUACUUUGAUGAGAUUAAUUUCCAUCAUAUUCCUAGGGAGGAUAACCAGUUAGUCGAUGCCUUGGCUACUCUGUCAUCUAUGUUCAAGGUCAAGUGGGCUAACGAAGCACCUGUUAUUACAAUUCAACGUCUAGACGAGCCAACAUAUUGCUUAGCAGUUGAAGUUAAAACUGAUGGCAAGCCAUGGUUUUAUAACAUCAAGCGAUAUCUUGAGAAGCAUAAGUAUCCAAACGACAUCUUCAUCACAUACAAGAAGAUCUUGAGGAAGUUAUCAGCCAAUUUCUUUCUAAGUGGUGGUGUGCUAUACAAAAGAAACUUUAAUUUAGUUCUACUCAGAUGUGUGGAUAGACACGAAGCAGACCUACUCAUCAAAGAGAUCCAUGAAGGUUCUUUCGGAAUUCAUGCAAACGGACAUGCGAUGGCAAAGAAAAUCAUUAGAGCUGGUUACCAUUAUUCCAAGAAAUGCCACAAGUUUCAAAUUUAUGCUGACAAGGUGCACAUGCCACCUACUCCUCUGAAUGUUUUAUCUGCUCCAUAG